CUUGAAGAGGCCAAAAAACAAUUUCAAGAAGAUGGCAAACUCAACGUGCAACUUCUUGACCAGGUUGUGACCAUGAUGAAUCGAGCCACCGGUGAGGAACAAAAACUAGCAAAUAUGAUUCUUGUCGAGCUGAAAGAGAAUCCUAACUCCUGGACUAAGGUGGACGCUAUUUUGGAAUAUUCGGACCUCGCGGAAUCGAAAUAUUUUGCCUUGCAAAUUCUCGAAUCCGUUAUACAAACUAAAUGGAAAUCACUGCCUCUUGUGCAACGAGACGGUAUCAAAAGCUUCAUUGUGCAGUUUAUUCUUAAACUCAGUGAGUCACGAGCUGAAUCUGAGAAAAACUCACUACUGUUGCACAAGCUGAACCUUGUACUUGUACAGAUUGUAAAGCAAGACUGGCCAAAGAAUUGGCCUUCGUUUAUCACGGAUAUCGUUGAGUCAUCAAAGACGAACGAUAAUAUUUGUGUAAAUAACAUGAAUAUCUUAAGCUUAUUGAGCGAAGAAGUGUUUGACUUUGGCAGUCAGAAUCUAACUCAAGCUAAGGAACAACAUCUGAAACAACAAUUUUGUGGACAAUUCCAGGAAGUUUUCACGCUUUGCAUAACAAUUCUUGAAAAAUGCCCUGCAAAUUCGAUCGUCGAGGCGACAUUGAAAACUUUGCAUCGUUUUCUAUCGUGGAUUCCUGUGGGAUAUGUAUUUGAGACGAAUAUCACACAACUGCUCAGUGAAAACGUAAGCUUCAUGGUGUAUGUAGAAGUCGUUUCCUCAUUUAAACGCUGUUUUAGUUUCUAUCUUUGGAAGUUUAUCGAGUGGUCACACUUCAAUGUUUGA